AUGACAAACAAUAAGCUUGUAUCCCUGUGUCUGUUGCUCGCCGUCUUGAUGAUGGCUUCGUCGGUGUCGGCGUUGGGUAGCAACUGGGGAUUUGCCGUUUUGAAGAAGCGUCGACGGGCCGUCAAGGACAAGCAAGAUAAGGAAGUCCAGUUGGCGUCGUUGCGUGAUGCCAGGGAGAAGGUCACGCAGCCCAUGGAUGUCUCGACCAAAGUAGGAAGCAGGCGAUCGCCUCCUCCUCAAGUUGUCUCCAAGAAACCCACUGGUUGGGAGCGCAUGAUGGUUGCUGGACCUUCGAUGGUGGAGUAA